AUCUGUGCUGCAAUGCCACUCGACUGCUUCCCUUAUCUCUCUCAUCCGCCACUAGUCACCACCAAUGUCUAUCCAACUUUGGUUUCUUCUCCUAUUUUUCCUACUCUUUCACCUCCUCCUCCACCCAUGUCUUCCUCUGAGCUCGGCUCACCCCCUCGACCCCCUCACCGCCGCCGAGAUCUCCACCAUACGUCGCGUGAUCCAGUCCUCCCACCUCGGCGCAUCUAAGUCGCUGGCCUUCCACUACGUCGGCCUCGACGAGCCCGACAAGACCGACGUGCAGGCAUGGGCGGAGUCGGCCACCCGCGGCCGACGCCAGAGGCGGCGCGCGUUCGUCGUGGCCCGCUCCGGAGGGGAGACGCACGAGAUCGUCGUCGACGUCGCCGACGCCUCCGUCGUCUCCGACCGGGUCUAUCGCGGUUCCGGGUACCCCAUUCAGACCUUGGACGAGCUGGAGGCGGCGGCCGCACUGCCGCUGAACUACACCCCGUUCGUCGAGUCGGCGCGGCGGCGCGGGGUGGCGCUGUCCGAUGUGGUGUGCUCGCCGUUGACGGCGGGGUGGUUCGGGGAGCCAGGGAGGGGGCGGCGGCGGCUCAAGCUGCAGUGUUGCGUGGCGGGGGAGACGGCCAACUUCUACAUGCGGCCCAUGGAGGGGAUCACCGUCGUGGUGGACCUGGACGAGAUGAGGAUCAUCGGCUACCGGGAUCGGGUGGUGGUGCCGGUGCCCAAGGCGGAGGGGACGGACUACCGGGCGGCGAAGCAGCGGCCCCCGUUCGCGCUUGAGACGAAGCCCGGCGUGGUGGUCCAGCCGGCGGGGAAGGGCUUCCGUAUCGACGGCCACGUGAUCAGAUGGUCGAACUGGGACUUCCACCUGAGCUACGAUGCCCGGGCUGGCCUCGUUAUCUCCCUCGCGUCAGUCUACGACGCCCAGAAGGGCGCUCGCCGGCGGGUGCUGUACCGGGGCUACGUCUCGGAAGUCUUCGUGCCGUACAUGGAUCCAGCGGAAGAGUGGUACUUCAGGACCUUCUUCGACGCCGGCGAGUACGGGUUCGGCCUGUGGGCGUCGCCGCUAGAGCCGAUGACCGACUGCCCCGCCAACGCAGAGUUCAUGGACGGCUACUACGCCACGCAGGAUGGGGAGCCCGUCAAGCUUCCCAACGUGUUCUGUGUCUUCGAGCGCUACAGCGGAGAUGCUGCUUGGCGGCACACGGAGUUGGGAAUUCCGGGACAAAUGAUCAGGGAGGUCCGGCCCGAGGUGAGCCUGGUGGUGAGGAUGGUCGGCGCGCUCGGCAACUACGACUAUGUCACCGACUGGGAGUUCAAGACCAGUGGAUCCAUCAAAGUCGGGGUCUCCCUAACAGGCAUACUGGAGGUGAAGGGCACGCCCUACACCCACACGGACCAGAUCACCACCGACGUGCAUGGCUCUCUGCUAGCCGAGAACACCAUCGCCGUCUACCACGACCAUUUCGUCACCUACUACCUCGACCUCGACAUCGAUGGCCUCAACAACACCUUCAUCAAAUCCAAGCUCAAGACAGCGAGGGUUGCCGACGGCGGCGACGUCCCCCGCAGGAGUUACUGGACGGUGACCAGGGAGGUGGCCAAGAUGGAGGCGGACGCUCGCGUGGAGAUCGGGUCGGUGCCCGCCGAGUUGCUGAUUGUGAACCCAAACAAGAAGACCAAGAUGGGGAAUCACGUCGGCUAUCGGCUCAUCACCAAUGGCGCGCCCGCCGCCUCGUUGCUCUCCGACGACGACUACCCCCAGAUGCGAGCCAGCUACGGGAAGAAGCAGGUGUGGGUGACUCCAUACAACAAGUCGGAGAAGUGGGCAGCUGGGCUUUACGUAGACAACAGCAGAGGAGACGACAACUUAGCUGCUUGGAGCCUAAGGAACAGAGCGAUCGAGAACGUCGACAUUGUCGUCUGGCACACUGUUGGUUUCCAUCACAUCCCCUACCAGGAAGACUUUCCAUUGAUGCCGAUGCUGAGCAGUGGUUUCGAGCUUCGACCUUCCAACUUUUUCGAGAUCAAUCCAUUGAUCAGAUUGAGGCCGACAAAGCAUACGCAUUUGCCAAACUGCACACUCAUCGUUUGAAGAGAUCAAACAUUCUUCCAGUUUGAUCGAGACACACAGCAGCUUGCUGCAGUGACUAUGAGAAAUAAGUCUUCCUGUUGACCUCUGUUUGGUGCAGUGAUGCCAUCAUAUGUAUCCAUUGUUAAGCAAGCACAAAGAUACCAAUGCUAUACAAAUUGGCUGGUGCAUUUGCUGGAAUAAUAAGCUAAUAUUUUUCUGAUACAAUGUCUUCUUCUACCUUCUGUA